AUGGCCUCGCUCAACCGCUCCACCGCCUCGGCCCUCUCGGCCUUCGAGCGCCUCUCGCUCACCUCUUCGACCCGCCGAUCUCUCUCGACUUCUUGCAUCCUAGCCGCCGCCUCUUCGUCGUCGUCUUCCUCUUCCUCCUCUUCCUCCUCUUCUUCCUCUCUGGCCUCGACCUUGGCCGCCUCGUCUUCAUCUUCAGCUUCGGCAGGGCCGUCUAGCGAUGGAGUGCCGUUUGGCAUUGCGGCGAGGCUGAGUGGACAGGCUCGGGCAGGGAUCUCGGCAAGGACUGGCGGUCAUGGCCGCGUCAUUGCCAGGCGAAGCUUCUCGACGAGCCCAGCGCGCGAGUCGUUCCUCUCGUCGAUUCGCGACCGAGUAGCCAAGGUGGCGCUCGGUAGCAACUACGUCCAGGCAAAGGAGCGCGGCGGCAUCCUGCCCGAGGAGCAGCGACGGCAGGACCUGGCCCGUCGCCGCGAUGCCGCCCUCGCCGCCGUGUCGCCCGACGGCGCGGCCCUCUUCGACGACGCCGACGCCCUGCCCGCCAUGCAGAGCGAGCAGCGCGCCAAGCAGCGCCUCUCGUCCAAGAUCGAGGCGCGGCAGCAGCGCAAGCGCUGGAACGCCACCGACGCCGAGGGCAACGUGCUCGAGCACAAGUACUCGACGGCCCAGUUCAAGAUUUCGCCGCGCAAGCUCAAGCUGCUGGCCGACCAGAUUGGAGGGAAACCCAUCGACCACGCCAUUCUCCAGAUGCAGUUCAGCCCCAAGCGCGCCGCCAAGCGCAUCCUCUCGACGCUGGCCCUGGCGCGCGACCACGCGGCGGCCAAGGGCAUGGACAUCCGGCGCCUCGUCGUCUCCGAGGCCUGGAUCUCAAAGGGGCGCUACCUGGUGCGCGCCGACUUCAAGGGCCGCGCGCGCAUGGGUCGCAAGCACCACCCCGAGGCCAAGAUGAGCAUCGUGCUGCGCUACGGCAAGACGGCCGUGGAAAAGGAGCUCGAGAGGCUCGACAAGGCGCGCAAGGCCAUCCGCAGCAUCGGCGACGGCAGCGUCGUCCGCACCAACCGCAAGAUUGUCAAUGCCUGGCAGAGACCCGGCUGGCAGUGGUAG